UGCUGGAAAGCUUAAACAUGACCAAUUACGCUUCCCUAAACACCCCUUCGCAACCCAAAAUUUAGACUUCUUCUGCUGCUGCCUCCGCCGCCAUUUCUGCUUUCAUUUUCAACCUCACCUCUCUUUGCUUACUUUCAAGAUAUGAGUAUGCUUCCUUCUUUUAUUCUUCGUUCACUUGUUAAUGGUGGAAGCCAUCUUUCUAAUUUCCACUCUUUUUCUUCUUCUUCUAACACCAUUGCUACCCACAUCGAAGCCUUAAGUAACAAACCCAUGUCCAUGCCUGGUAGAGGGAAGGGAAAAAAAGAUUAUCGCUUCGAUAGUGUUGAUCAUGCUUUGAUUUUGUUCAAUAAGAUGAUUGUCAAGUAUCGAAAGCCUUCAAUUGUGGAAUUCACUAAAUUAUUAGGAGCCAUUCUUAGAAUGAAACAUUAUGCCAUUGUUGUUUCUAUGUGUAGCCAGAUGGAAUUAUUAGGCGUCUCCCAUGAUGUUUAUUCUAUGAGCAUCUUGAUUAAUUGCUUUUGUCAAUUAGGUCGAAUUGAUUUUGGGUUUUCUGUUUUGGGGAAAAUGCUGAAGUUAGGUGUUGAGCCUGAUGUUGUAAUUUUUUCAACUUUGAUUAAUGGGCUUUGUAAUCAAAGUAAGAUUUCUGAGGCCGUUUUUAUGUUCGAUGAAAUGACUGAAAAAGGGUAUCAACCUAAUUUGAUUGUUUACAAUACAGUACUUAAGGGGUUGUGUAAGACCGGCAAUACUGAUAGAGCUGUUAGGUUUCUAAGGUUGAUGGAAAGCAGAGGUUUUGAACCUAAUAUUGUAGCAUAUAAUACCAUCCUUGACUGUCUUUGUAAGAACAGGUUGUUGAAGGAGGCUCUCGAUCUCUUCUCCGAAGUGAAGGUUAAAGGCAUUAGACCAAAUAUCAUUACUUACACUUGCUUAAUUCAUGGUAUGUGUAAUUUGGGCCAGCAGGAGGAGGCAACAAGGCUUUUGAAUGAAAUGGUUGAUAACAAUAUUUCAAUUAAUAUUGACACUUAUAAUAUAUUGAUUGCUGCACUUUGCAAGGAAGGAACAAUUUCUAAAGCUGUAGAGACCGUUGACAUGAUGAUAAUGCAAGGCAUUGAGCCUGAUGUUGUCACGUAUAAUACAUUGGUUGAUGCUCAUUGCAAGGAAGGGAUGGUCUCUGAAGCUGAGGAUAUCAUUGACGCAAUGAUAAAGAGAGGCAUUGAGCCUGAUAUUGUCACGUAUAAUACAUUGGUUGAUGCGCAUUGCAAGGAAGGGAUGGUCUCUGAAGCUGAGGAUAUUGUUGACGCAAUGAUGAAGCGAGGCAUUGAACCUAAUGUUGUUACCUAUAGUGCAUUAAUCAACGGCCAUUGCUUGCAGAAUGAAAUGCAUAAAGCUAGAAGAGUUUUCAACUUGAUGAUUGAGAAGGGUUGUGCACCUGAUAUAGUUACUUACAGCACCAUGAUCAAUGGAUAUUGCAAAGGUAAAAGGUUAGACAAAGCAAUGGAACUCUUUCAUGAAAUAUCUCUAAAGGGACCAAUCCCGGAUACUGUCACAUGUAGCACUCUUAUGCAAAGUAUGUUUCAGUUAGGGAAAGUUUCAACUGCAUGUGAACUUUUUAGAAAGAUGCUUGCUUCUGGACAAGUUCCAGAUAGAGUGACCUGUUUGAUUUUGCUGGAUGGUUUAUGCAAAACUGGUCAUAUCGAAGAGGCAUUGAAACUUUUUCAAGCAAUGCGAAACAGUGGGUUGGAACUUGAUACUGUCCCAUAUACUAUCCUAAUUGAUGGGUUGUGCAAAGCUGGGCGUAUCGAAUUUGCCAAGGAAUUAUUUUGUCUACUCUCAGACAAUGGUUUAAAACCGGAUGUUUACACAUAUUGUAUAAUGAUUAAUGGACUGUGUAAAGAGGGAUUGCCAGAUGAAGCAUACAGGUUGUUUGGGAGCAUGGGAGAUAAUGACUGUUUGCCUAAUAGCUGCUGUUAUAAUGUAAUGAUUCGGGGGUUCCUUCAUAACAGCUAUACUUCAAAGGCAACUCAACUUCUUAUGGAAAUGUUUGGUAAGGGCUUUUCUGCAGAUAUAAUCACUGCCACCUUGUUUAUGGAUCUUAUCAUACACUCUAAUAAAUCAAUCUUGCUAUGAAAUAUUUCACAAAUUGUGUAAAGAUCAUCACUUGCAAUGUGAAUCAGUUGUACAUAACCAUUGCACAGUGAUAAAAGAUUGUGGAAACUAGGAUGAGGUGUAGUGUCUAUUUUCAAUGUUGUUGAUUUUGUUCUGACUUGUGUAGCUUGUUGAUCUUGAUCUUA